CAGCCCUAAGUGCUAGUUCACAUCCAGUUGCUCUAGUCUAGACUGUCUCCACACUCCCUCCUAGCUGAAUUGGCUACAGGUGUUAUCUUUGGUGUAAGAUCAAGGGUACCGAUUUAUCUGGGAAUCUGCUUAUCGCAAGUGGAAGAGCAGUCCAUCCAGGAAGCACGGUGUCAGCCCCACAGGAGGCCCAGAUCCACCAGCCACAUGGCUUCAGCUACUACUGCCUCCUUUGCUCCUGCCCCUCGUGGCUGGCACCCAGAAGACAUUUCUUUCCCCAGUGGAUUUGCUUGGGGUGCUGCUACAGCAGCUUAUCAAGUUGAAGGAGGCUGGAAUGCAGAUGGAAAGGGCCCUAAUGUUUGGGACACAUUCACCCAUCAGGGAGGAGAUCGAGUUUUCAAGAACCAGACUGGUGAUGUAGCUUGUGGCAGCUACACUCUGUGGGAGGAAGAUUUGAAAUGUAUCAAACAGCUUGGAUUGACUCAUUAUCGCUUUUCUCUUUCCUGGUCACGUCUGUUACCUGAUGGGACGACAGGUUUCAUCAACCAGAAAGGAGUUGAUUACUAUGACAAGAUCAUUGAUGACCUGUUGGCAAAUGGCAUUGUGCCCAUGGUGACAUUAUAUCACUUUGAUUUACCUCAACAUUUAGAAGAUCAAGGUGGCUGGAGCUCUGAUGCAAUCACUGAGGUCUUUGACAGCUAUGCACAGUUUUGCUUCAGAACAUUUGGAGACCGAGUGAAACUGUGGGUCACUAUUAAUGAGCCUUAUGUUGUGGCUAAAGAUGGCUAUGAAAAAGGCAUUGUGGCUCCAGGAAUAAUGGAACCUGGUAUUGGAGCGUAUCGGACAGCUCAUAACAUGAUAAAGGCUCAUGCUAAAGCCUGGCACAGUUAUGAUUUGUUAUUUAGAAAAAAGCAACAUGGGCUUGUGUCUAUAGCUCUAAACUCAGAUUGGGCAGAACCUUUAGAUCCAACUUGUCUUGCAGAUCAAGAAGCUACUAAAAGGUAUAUGGCGUUUUGCUUAGACUGGUUUGCUGAACCCAUAUUUAUUAGUGGUGACUAUCCGGCCAUCAUGAAAUCCCAGAUCUCUGUAAUGAGUACAAAGCAAGGCUACCUAUCAUCAAGGCUUCCAGAAUUUACUGAGGAAGAAAAGAUGACGAUCAAGGGAACUGCUGACUUUUUUGCCGUAAAUUAUUAUACUACUCGCAAAGUAAAGCACCAAAAAAAUACACACAGUGAACCAAGUGUUUCUGGGGACAGAGAAGCUGAACAAAUAACGGACCAUUCCUGGCCUUUUGCUGCUGGCAGCUCAUGGCUGGCUGUAGUUCCCUGGGGUUUACGUAGGCUACUGAAAUAUAUCAAGGAUACAUAUAAUAAUCCUAUAAUUUACAUCACUGAGAAUGGGUUUUCCCAGAGUGACCCUGCUCCACUUGAUGACACUCAGCGCUGGAAGUAUUUCAGGCUGACAUUACAAGAAAUUUUAAAAGCCAUCUCUCUUGAUGAUGUCCACCUUAAAGGAUAUUUUGUGUGGUCCCUCCUUGACAACUUUGAAUGGACUUGUGGAUACAGCUGUCGAUUUGGACUUUUCCAUGUUGACUUUGAAAACCCAGCUCUCCCUCGUGUUCCUUACCGAUCAGCAGUAGAAUAUGCCAAAGUUAUCUCCAACAAUGGACUAACAAAAUCAACUGAAGAGCUGUGAUGAUCUGCCUUUUGGUUUCUAAGAGCUGUCUCCUUCCUAAGAAGCCAUAUGUGGUAAAAUAAAAAAUAUAUAUUUUAGAAAAUGAUGACUAGUCUGUGUUUUUAUAUAAUAAUUAAACUGACAGGUUCAGUUAGGAAUACAUGAUUUUCCUUGUUGUGUAAGGAGGGAGGAAGUAAAAUAACUGGCAAGUUACUUUGUAGUGGAUUUGGCAACUGUGAUUUAAACUGUAUGUUUAAAGGAACACUGUCAACUUGAAAUCUAAUUAUUUUAAAUGUGAGCUACUACUAGUUUCAACUGCCUGUGACUUUCCUGCCAGCUCUUGUAAUUUUACAGCCACCUUCUCCUGUGUUCAUAUUCUUUUCUUUCUCCUGAGGCUGCAUGAAAGCCCCAAACAAGCAGAAGAAAAGGAUUAUAGUGAAAACGAUUAUACAGAAAGUGUUGACAAAUGAAGAAAGCAAAUCAACACAAAUAUAGGAUUUAACACACACACACACACACACACAUUCCUUCUAAUUCUUUCAGUUUGAGUAAUGUUAUAAAUAUAAUUACUGUCCCCACGCUCUCCAAAGGAGAAGGGGAAGCAGUGUGGGAAUUGCACCCCGGAAGGACCUCUCUGAAGCGCAGUGCCUCCAGGGGUGGCACAGGUUCUGGAGCAAGCCUUGUGCAGGGCUGUGCCAAAAGGCACAGUUUGGGCCAGUGUAGAUAAAAAGUUGUCAGAAAUGUGAAUCUUGAACUUGAUGGGAUCUCUUUAAAAUGUAUUCACAUGGCUUUGAAAAUUUUGUCAGUAUACUCUUGCUGUAACAAAGCUCACAUCAGAGCCAAAGAAAAAAGCCCUGUUAUAGCAAGGGGUUCAGUGUACAAUACCAAACAGCCUUCCGCCUCUAACAACGGGGA